CUGAUUCGCAAGACAGAAAAUACACGGCACCGAAAGUCCGAAACCACUAGCCUCAUCCGGGGAAGACGAUAGAUACAUUUACCUGCCACGCGAUCCCCGAAACCAGCGCACCUUGGGCCGCGCGACGCCACGACAUGGCGCAAGAUCCAUCCAUCGACACGCGCCGUCGCGACGGUGGACAUGCGAGGCGUUGCCGUUCCCGGGCGGGGGAGGCCGGAAAGCUGGCGGGCGGCUUACCGGGAAGGGAAGGAGGAAGAUGGGGUGGCGCGGUUAUAUAUAGCGGCGGCUCGACAGGUCUUUCCAUAGGCUUCGCCGUGUUUCCAGUCCUCCAAUUCACUCUCACACUGGUCGGACGAGCCGGACCUGCUCGUAUCUUCAGAUCAGCUGCGUCUGAGAAAAUGGCAAUGAGGGUGAAUCCUCCGUACGGCAUGCGAAACAAAGGGAAGCACUACUACACCAUGUGGCAGACCAUGUUCGAGAUCGACACCAAGUACCUGCCCAUCAAGCCUAUCGGGAGAGGGGCCUACGGGGUAGUUUGCUCGUCAGUAGACCAGGAGACCAACGAGAAGGUCGCGAUCAAAAAGAUAAACAAUGUCUUCAGCAAUCGCAAGGAGGCGCUGAGGAUGCUGCGCGAGCUGAAGCUCCUUCGGCACUUCAGGCACAAGAACGUUAUUUGUUUGAAGGAUAUAAUGAUGCCCAUAAACAGGAAGAGCUUCAAGGAUGUGUAUCUGGUCUCUGAACUCAUGGACACCGACCUGCAUCAGAUUAUCAAUUCGUCUCAGCCGCUUUCCAACGAUCAUUGCCUAUAUUUCCUUUUUCAGCUGCUCCAAGGGCUGAAGUGCAUUCAUUCAGCAGGGAUACUCCAUAGAGACCUGAAACCAGAGAACCUUCUGGUUAACGCAAACAGUGAUCUGAAGAUCUGUGACUUUGGUCUGGCUCGCAUAAAUAACACUGAAGGUCAACUUAUGACUGAAUAUGUUGUUACUCGCCCAUAUAGAGCUCCUGAGCUGCUGCUCGGCUUGGACAGCUAUGGUACCUCCAUAGAUGUCUGGUCUGUUGGCUGCAUAUUUGCUGAGCUACUUGGCCGGAAGCCGAUCUUUCGAGGAACGGGGAGCCUAGAUCAGCUUAAGCACAUAGUCAAUGUUCUUGGCAGCGUGGGUGAUGCUGACCUUGAGUUCAUUGACAACACAAACACCCGUGAGUACAUUCAAUCCAUUCCAUACACUCCUGGCAUUCCCCUCGCCGGUAUGUACCCGCAAGCACAUCCCCUUGCCAUUGAUUUACUGCAGAAGAUGCUUGUCUUCGAUCCUUCAAAAAGGAUUGGUGUCACUGAGGCUCUAGAGCACCCCUACAUGUCUGCGUUGUAUGAUCCAAGCGCAAACCCUCCUGCUGAGGUGCCCAUCGAUCUCGGUAUAGAUGAAAACCUCAGCGUAGAGAUGAUACGAGAAAUGUUGUGGCAGGAGAUGCUCCAGAACCGCCCGAGGACGUCAAAAUCGGGGAGAAUGUGACAAUCAGGAGAUGCUCCAUGGGUUGUAACCUUGCAUGCACAGUAUUUAUGCAAAUGUACACUCUCCAUACGAUCAUACGUGUAAGCUUAUGUGCUUGACAGUUAAAGAUGCUAUGACAUUGGGACUACAAACAUGGAAACGGAAGUUAGAAGAAAAAUAUAUUUAUUCCAACACAAAGAGUAUACUUGCAACUUCAAAAGUAUAAUGUAGUUGCCAAGUGCCAGAGCAACAGAAAAGGAUUUCGUGGUUAUGUAUAGUUUUUUGUCAUUGGACUGACUGAAUUCUUAGUGACUACUUACAGUUGAAAGCUAUUUAUCUGAUGGGCUUUGUCAUGAUCUGUCUAUUUUUCAUUCUCGGUUCUACCAGACACGCAAGUUAGGUGUAAUGUAGUAGUUCAUACCUAUGAUUAGACUUGAUGUAUAUGCAUAUGACCUUUUUCUCUUGUAAGCAUAUCUGCCCUCUCUUAAUUGUUUUCUCCUUACUUACC